UCUAUGAUUGGAUAAAAAGUUAAUUUAGGGCGUGACGUCACACUGUCGGUUGAACGAAGAAGGAAAGAGGCCAACUUCCGGUAUGAUGCGCUGAACAGGGACCAAAGAACAUAACUGCAAGGAAAAUGCGGUAGGCUGUUGUCAUAACUGAAAGAGAAAUAGAAACACAGCACAUCUCAGUGCUAACUUUACGACUUUUAAAUAAAUGUGGCAUAUGGUUAAGUUAUAUGGCCUAAGGGCUUUGUGACGGAAGCAAUCGGGUUCGCUGAUCAGUCAUCGAUCGAUCGAUCGGUAUUAGGGAGUGCGCGAGCUCUGCGCGCGGUUGAACAUGGGGACGAGAUCGAGCCGUUUACACGAGGAGGCUGCUUCGACACCUUUUGAUAAAGAUGGCAUCAAGAGAGAGUCCUGUCGACGAAUCCGAAGCACCAGGCCCACUAGCCUCAUGGUGGAGUUCUCCGGGAGUUUCGACCAUGACUCGGAGACGAACCGCAGCCGGUCGGAAGAGGGCAGCGACUCGGAUACCGGGCAGCAGGCGAGCAGCGACGGCAGCCCCGCCGACAGCCACAUGUCCCCGUCUCUGAGCAGCCAGGCCACGCCGACGGACGAGAACGGGGCCGAGGAGGAUGGCAGUCCAGGAGGCCCUGUGAGCAGGGGGGAAAUAGGCCGUGCACCGCAGCGCACUUUCUCGGAGCGUUUGCCCGGUGGUCGCCAUUCUUCCGCCAGCGGCGUCACAGGCAGGUCCGCCCGGGUGAGGGGGACUCACGCUCGGCCAGUGUCUGAGGCGUGGAUCGGCCUCUACAGGGUCAACAACCGCCACGGUGCUAUUCGGUGUCCCUUCUGCACCAAGCCGUUCCCUGGAGGGCGAAUCGAGGACCAUCUUCUAAGUUGUCUGACUUCUCCACCUCUCCCUUAUAACACUGAUGUGCUAGCUAAGGACAGUGGAGAGUGUUCAAUCUGUCUCGAAGACCUGCUACAAGGGGAAACUAUUGCUCGACUGGCCUGCCUGUGUGUCUACCAUAAGAGCUGCAUUGACACAUGGAGCAAAGUGAAGCCAUGCUGCCCUGAGCAUCCUUUUGAUUGAUUCAUGUCUUCACGUGCAAUGACACUUUGACUCAGGAGACAAUACCCCCUUGCAGGAGCAUAUAUUUUCUGAUGAGAGGAUUGAGAGAAAGACACAAAGGAACAAAAACAAA